AUGUUGUCUUUCGCUCAAGUCAUGGCCAUACUCGCCUUUACUGGCGCAGUUAUUGCCAGCCCUGCCCCAGAAGAGGGUACUACCUUUUCGCUUCAUCCGAUUUCUGGAUCUGCAUCCAAAAAGCAUGGACUGGAUCAGCUGAUCGAAGUCAGGCGUAGAGCCGGAGUCGAAGUACAUCCAAAGCUCGUCGAGGCUGCAGAGAAUGCCGGGCGUCGUCUACGCAGAGACCGUUUGGCUUCUCGUAGCACUGGUCGAAGAGUGGCUGGGGCUUCAUGGGGAUGGAGUGAGGACAAAUGGGAUACUGAAUACCUUUAUCCAGUCCAAAUUGGUGGCAAGAAUGGCAAGACGUUUCGCUCUUCGAUCGGCACUGCUGCUGCAGAUUUCUGGUGCCAUUCUUCCGCACAGCCGACGGAACAGAACGUUGGGUACACCUACUAUGAAAUCAACCCCGCUCACCAGAAGGUCGGCUCUAAUUACUCAAUUGGAUACAACGGCGCUCAAGCAGAUUCGUACGGCAAUGUGUAUGUCGAGGAUGUAACGAUCGGCGGGAUUACCACCAAGCAAGCCUUUGGCGCAGCCAGUGGCUUAUCACAAACAUUCCUAUCGGACCCGGAUCUGGACUGCAUGGUCGGUAUCGGCAACAGCACCUACAACAGCAUCGUGCCUGAAUACGAGAACAAUUUCUUCGACAACAUCAUGAAACAGCUUGUCAAGCCCGUCUUUGCGUAUGCCCAAAAGAAGGGCGGAGCCGUUUUCGACUUUGGAUUCUUUGACCAGAACCAGUAUACCGGCAAGGUUGCCUGGGUCGACAACGCACCCGAGGAUGGUUGGCCUGCAUACGCCUUCUACGGCGAAGGCUUCAGCCUUUUCGACCCCAACGCCAAGGUAACCCCGAGGAAAAUGAACAUCCACCUCGAUGCCUCCACCACUCUUUCCUACACCGACCCUGAUAUCGUCACCGCGUGGUACAAAUCCGUUCCCGGGUCCCAGUACGACGACGACCAGCAGAUGCACAGCAUCCCUUGCAACAGCAAGCCCGGCGGCUUCACCAUCGUCAUUGGGGGUCAAAAAUUCUUCACUCCCGGUGAUCAACUUGUUUCCAUCCCCCUUGACGAUGAGGGCAAGACAUGUCUCGGUGGUCUGCAGAACAUUGGCGGCGGCGUCGAUUUCAGUCUCUUCGGCAUGACUUGGCUAAAGGGCAAGUACAUCAUGCACGACUUUGCCAAUCCUAAAGCUGUUAGACUAGGGUUCGCCAUGCAGCCCGGUGCUACCCACUAA